AUGUUGUCAGUGAAGACAGUGUUACUUACUCUAGCAGACAUCAAGCUGCCUGCCAUCUCUGUAGUAAGCAGCUUACUACCUCCAGAGUAAUUUCAUAUUCUGUUUAACACAAUGGCAGGUACGUUUCGGGGGAACUGUCUGUGCGGCGUUGUCGGUGCUGGCGUGUGUAUAGCAGGAUGUGCCUUCCUCAUUCUAGCUGCACUCCCUGUUGUUCAGAUUGCUUUGGGUGCACUUUACAUACAUGAGUGUCCAGCAGGACCAGUUGUUCCAGUUUAUAUGAUGGUGUUUGGGAUCUUGGUCCUGCUGGUGAUGGCCCUGAUCACCCUGCUGAAGCUCCUCUCUCCAUCAGCGCAGAGUCACAGCACCUGGGUCGUCUUCUUCACCAUCCUGUUAUUCUUGUUUAUUGUCUGGCUUGUAUUUGGCAGCUACUACGUUUAUUCCAUAUAUCCACCCAACUAUGAGAAGACCACCACAGCUUCCAACAGCUCCACCAGGAGGAUCAGCAUUCCUGACCUCCUGACCUCAGAGAACCAGAGCCUUCACAGCCGCAACCACAGCCUGAACUUGUGGGAGACGAUUCAAAUCCUCAACAUCACAAACAGAGGGACAAACGGAAACCUGACAAGCGCCCAACAACAACCACAUCAAGUCACGUCUGUGUCACCGUACUGCAACAGAACCAUGUACUUGUUUGCCUUCUGGACCACUACACUGGUGCUAGUGGUAGUGGGAAACGCCCUGCUGCUCAUCGUCUGUUUGUAUGGGUUCAUGAAAUGCAUAGACGUGUUUGUACAAUAUCUCUACUGAACUGAUUGCUGAAAGACAGAAAGAGCCAUUGCUCUGCAGAGGUAACGUAGAAGGAAAGAAGCAGAGUGGCAGCUGUCCUGUAUAGAAUACUGAAACUGUCUAAAUCAAUCAGCAAAUCAGCACUGGAACAUUAUGGGCUUCCAGGAACCUGUUACUUAGAUAUUCACAAAACACAAGUUUUCACUGUGAAAAUGUGUGUUCUUUCAGUCACUAUUUAACUGUCUAAAGAUUGUUUCAUAUGUAGAAUUAGGAGAUAAAGUUUCACCAAACAGAUCACCGAGUUUAGCGUUUAUUCUGGAGGCAAGUUAAGCUAGCUGUGAAAGGCUAAAUGAUCAAGCAUCUACACUUUUGUAGAUCUUAAGUCUGAAUUCACAAGUUCCAAGAUGGAGAAAAUGAACUGAAGGGUCCACUAAUGCCUAAUUUUGAAAUGAAAGAUAUACUGUACGAACAGUCAUAUUUUUAACCCAGUAUGGGGACUGAUUUUCUCUCUCUCUCUCUCUCUCUUUGUGAAUGUAUAUUUAGUCUGAAAGUAUUUGCUU